AAAAAUUCUGAGUGACUACAUUGCAAAAAACAAAGGGGAAAAAGAAAACAAGAAAAGGUAUAGAAAAACAAAAACGCAGUUAAUGAUCAUCACUCACUGGUUGUCCACUUCCAAACACAAGGGAAGGUUAGAACUCUGAAGUCUGAACUCUGAAGAUAACAAGCUGUGCGCUUCUUCUCCUCAGGCAAUCACAGCUCCACAACAAGAACCUUGAAGAUGGCCCAAACUACACAAAACCCAGUGGUUCAGCAGAAAGUCAUAAUACCAAAUAAAUAUGGAGAAAAACUUGUGGGCAUCUUACAUGAAACUGGAUCUUCAGAGGUUAUAAUCUUAUGCCAUGGUUUUCAAUCCUCAAAGGAAUAUAAUACUAUGGUGAACCUUGCUGUUUCAUUGGAAAAUGAAGGAAUCAGUGCCUUCCGUUUUGACUUUGCUGGAAAUGGGGAAAGUGAAGGUGUGUUUCAGUUUGCUAACUAUUGGAGAGAGGUUGAUGACUUGCAUGCUGUAAUCCAACACUUCUCUGGAGCAAACCGUGUAAUAAGUGCAAUUAUUGGGCAUAGUAAAGGAGGCAAUGUGGUGCUACUCUACCCUGCUAAAUAUCAUGAUAUCCACACAGUUGUCAAUCUUUCUGGCCGUUAUGACCUGAAUAAAGGCAUUGAAGAACGCGUGGGGAAAGACUUUAUGCAAAGAAUCAAAGAGGAUGGAUUCAUUGAUGUUAAGACUAAAACAGGAAGUGUUGAUUUCCGUGUGACUGAGGAAACUUUACUGGACCGCCUAAGUACAAAUAUGCAUGAAGCAUGCCUUAAGAUAGACAAAGAGUGCCGGGUCUUGACAGUCCAUGGAUCUGCUGAUGGGGUCAUCCCUGUUCAAGAUGCAUUAGAGUUUGCCAAGAUAAUACCGAACCACAAAUUACAUGUUGUAGAAGGAGCUGAUCAUGGAUACACAACACAUCAAGCUGAAUUAGUCUCAGUUGUUAUGAAUUUUAUCAAAGAAGCGCUGCAGCAGGACAAGGUUACCUCUAGCUAAGCACUUCUGUGUCCACCUGUAGUAUAAAGACAAAUAGCAGCAUAUUUUACAGAUUGAGUUUUCUAACCUUUCUGUUGAAUGAUCACAACCUGCCUAUGUAAUGAGAUGAUAAAAGCUGCACGUGCUUAUUAUUUUAACUCAUUUCGUGAAGUGAUGAUCAUGACAAAUUGUUUGCUAGUUGUAUUUUCUGCUGACAAGGUUCAGUUGCAUGAUUGUCCAAUUUAACCAGUGUUCAUUGUCCCA